GAAAAAAUUCAGUUCACAAUAUUAAAUAGUUUAAAAAAUAAUUAAUUAAUUAAUCAAUCUUUAUAACUUAAAUUUCUUUUUUUUUAAGAAUAACUCUAUCAAUUCAAGCAAAUUACAAAGCUACCUAUCUAGCUCUCUAACAUUAAGAUAAUAAAUAAAGGAGAAAUUAUUAACACUACUUAAUACUAUCAUACAUAAAUAACUAGCAAUGAACGAGAACCUUGAAAAGAAAAAGAAGAUGGAAGAGCUAGAAGAGUACUAGCGCAAAUUCCGUAAUCUCGAAUCAGAUAGAAAGGCAUACGCAGAAGAAACUGUAGCAUUAAUAAAGAAGUAGAGAGGUAUUGUUGAUAAGCUCAAAAAUGAAAAUUAGCAGCUAAAAGACAUUAUUUCUAAAAUGAAUGCUUAGAAAAUUCAGCAAUCAAACACGAUGUAUGGAAAACCUAGCAGCGAUAGCUUAGUUGAAGAAUUAAAGCAAAAAAUAGAAGUUGAAAGACGCUAAUAAAUGGAAAUUGAGAAACAUGUUGUCGACUUCUAAAAAAAAAUAAUUGAAAAGCGUUCUAAUAUUGGUGGGUAUAAUGCAGGAGCUGAGAACGAUAGCUCGUUAGCUAAAUAAAUAAAAAUUUUGGAAAAUAGGCUUGAUAAAGCAAAUUAAAAGUUUAAUGAAGCUAUUGCUGUAAAUAAGUAAUUAAGACAGUAAAUUGACUCAUUGAGAAGAGAAAGAGUUAUUUUUGAUAACUUAUAUAAAAAACUUGAAAAAGAAUUGCAUGAAAAAAGAAAGCAAAUGGCCAACAUUAUCGAAACAGCAAACACUGCUUACGAAGAAAGAGAUAGAGCCAAUGAUUAAAUUUAAAAUCUUAAAAUGCUUGCCAAAAAAGAAUCAGAAAACUUCGAAAAAGAUUUAAGAGAAUUAUCACAUAUCAUGGAAAAGAAUAAAAAGGCACUUGAUUACAUCAAAUUAACCGAGAAAAAUAGAGAUGAUAACAAAUUAAAUAAUGACUUACUUGAUUCUGAUAAAUUCGCAAGAACAACUUCCUAAAAGCUUUACAAGGAUAGAAAUGUAAAUUAAACUUAGAGUGAAAAAAUUCAAAGAUAUGAAGAAGAUUUCGCUAAAAUUUAAGCAGCUACCAAGGUUAAUGACUUUGAAAAGCUUGUUAACACAUUUAUUGAGAAUGAAGAAAAGAAUUUCUAAACAUUUAAAUUCGUAAAUGAACUCUCUAAUGAAAUUGAAGAACUAGAGAAACAAAUAGGUGAAUUGAGGUCUGAAUUAGAUCAAUACAAAGGUGGAAGCAAUAUGGAUAUUUAAUAUAAGAGAAAGAUUAAAGAAUUUGAAGAAGUUAUGACAAGGGCAGAAAACAAGAGUGAAUCUUAUGAAUUCAAGCGUCAUGAUGCUUAAAAGCUUAUAAAUAGUCUUACAAAUUGGAUUGAAACUCUCUUCAAUACAAUCGAAUGCGAUAAGAAGGUGGCUAAAGAACUAGCUGGUUCACACAGUGUAACUGAUGGUAAUAUGAUGAUAUUCCUUGCUAUUAUUGAAAAUAAAGUAAAUUAGAUUGUUUAGGCUUUCUCUGCCAUUGAUGCCUAAGGAGCAAAUGAAAACUAUCACACUCUGCUUCAAAAUGUAUCUAACCUCUCAACUGCUCUCAUGGCAAAUAAACAAAGAUAAGAUGCUCCAGAUAAUGACGAAUUCGAAGAGGAAGAAGGAGAAGGAGAUAGAAUUCUUAACAUUGAAGACUUUAGAAAGAAAGCUUUAGAAAAACUAGAUGAUAGAAAAUAAACUCAGUAAUCUAAGAAGUUACCUAAAGCUAUAACCAAUAGAAGAAAGCGUUGAUAGGUAGAUAGCUAGAAAGCAAGCAAGCAAGCAUUCUUAAUAUCUAACUAAAUAAAUUACUUAAAUACUUAAUUAAAAUUUAACUUAACCCAAUUAACUAACAUUUUGCUUAUUUUUCUUUUGUAAAUUUAUUUUUUAAAAUAAAACUUUCAAUAUAAAUUUAUAUAA